AGUUUAAAUUUACGGAAUCACCCUUUGCCCUGAAACUCAUUUCAGUCUUCUUCAACGAACCCGCUUGAUCGGAGAAAACAGCUCAGAAGGUCCGUCGUCGUCGUCAAUGGGGAGCUAUGUUGAGCAAGCUCGUGAGAAUCACGUCAAGAAGAAGGUCGAAGAAGCGCUGCGUAGCAAGAUGAAGGCAAAGGCGUUAAACGAAUGUGAUCAGUUCGUCUCCAAGUAUGCUGAAUGCGCCACGGGAAGAACCUUCUCUGUUGUGUGGACAUGUCGUAAGCAAGCUAAAGAGCUCAACACUUGCCUCCACCAAUUCACCAAUGACAAAGUGUUGGAGGAAAUGAAGAGAGAGUACAUGAUUCAAGAAGAGGGCAAAGUCUCAGCAUCCACCGCAUAAUUGAUUUGAGCCGGACCAGUAUAAAGUGGUCGCUUUGUUUCUUGUUUAUUAUGGACCAAAAAGAUCCUCCUUGUAAUGGAUGCUUUUUUUUAUAAAAACUGAGUAUUGACUCUAGCCUUUCUACAAUAAGCGUUUACUCACUAUAAGAAAAGUAAAAGAUUUUGUUUGUAAUUCCA